AUGUUUGGGAAGAAAAAGAAAAAGAUCGAAAUAUCUGGCCCAUCCAACUUUGAACACAGGGUUCAUACUGGGUUUGAUCCACAAGAGCAGAAGUUUACUGGCCUUCCCCAGCAAUGGCACAGCCUGUUAGCAGACACAGCCAACAGGCCCAAGCCCAUGGUGGACCCAUCAUGCAUCACGCCUAUACAGCUGGCUCCCAUGAAGACAAUCGUCAGAGGAAAUAAAUCCUGCAAGGAAACCUCUAUCAAUGGUCUGCUAGAGGGUUUCGACAACAUCUCCGUGACUCGCUCCAACUCCCUAAGGAAAGAAAGCCCACCCACCCCAGAUCAGGGAGCAACUAGCCGCGUUCAAGGCCACUCAGAAGAAAACGGCUUCGUCACUUUCUCCCAAUAUUCUAGUGAAUCCGAUACUACUGCGGACUACACAACUGAAAAGUACAGAGACAGGAGUCUCUAUGGAGACGACCUGGAUCUGUACUAUAAAAGCAGCCUUGCAGCCAAGCAAAACGGGCACGUCAUGAAGAUGAAACAUGGAGACGCUUACUAUCCUGAGAUGAAGCCUUUGAAAAGCGACCUGUCCAGAUUCCCUGGCGACUAUCACACCCACUUGGACUCUCUGAGCAAACCAAGUGAAUACGGUGACCUUAAGUGGGAUUACCAGCGAGCCUCCAGUAGCUCCCCUCUGGACUACUCAUUCCAACUCACGCCUUCCAGAACUGCAGGGACCCGCAGGUGCUCCAAGGAGAGUCUGGCCUACAGUGAGAGUGAUUGGGGACCCAGCUUUGAUGACUAUGACAGGAGGCCAAAAUCAUCAUACCUGCAUCAGACAAGCCCUCAGCCAGCCAUGCGCCAGAGAUCCAAGUCAGGCUCAGGGCUUCAGGAACCCAUGAUGCCAUUCGGAGCAAGUGCAUUUAAAACUCAUCCUCAAGGACACUCGUACAACUCCUACACCUACCCUCGAUUGUCCGAGCCCACAAUGUGCAUUCCAAAGGUGGAUUAUGAUCGAGCACAGAUGGUCUUCAGUCCUCCACUGUCAGGGUCCGACACCUACCCCAGAGGCCCCACCAAACUACCUCAAAGUCAAAGCAAAGCAGGCUAUUCUUCAGGCAGCCACCAGUACCCUUCUGGGUACCACAAAGCAUCCCUAUACCACCAUCCUUCCCUGCAAGCCAGUUCUCAGUACAUAUCCACCGCUUCUUAUCUAAGCUCUCUAAGUAUCUCCUCGAGCUCCUACCCUCCCCCUAGCUGGGGCUCCUCCUCAGACCAGCAGCCCUCUAGGGUAUCCCAUGAACAAUUCCGAGCUGCCCUGCAACUGGUGGUCAGCCCAGGAGACCCCAGGGAAUAUUUGGAUAACUUUAUUAAAAUCGGAGAAGGGUCAACAGGCAUCGUGUGCAUUGCAACUGAGAAGCACACAGGCAAGCGAGUGGCGGUGAAGAAAAUGGACCUCCGAAAGCAACAGAGACGAGAACUCCUUUUUAAUGAGGUUGUGAUAAUGCGUGAUUACCACCAUGACAACGUAGUUGACAUGUAUAACAGCUACCUUGUUGGAGAUGAGCUCUGGGUGGUUAUGGAGUUUCUAGAAGGUGGUGCCUUGACAGACAUUGUCACUCAUACCAGAAUGAAUGAAGAACAGAUAGCUACUGUCUGCCUGUCAGUUCUGAAAGCUCUGUCCUACCUUCAUAACCAAGGAGUGAUUCACAGGGAUAUAAAGAGUGACUCCAUUCUUCUGACAAGCGAUGGCCGGAUAAAGUUAUCUGACUUUGGUUUCUGUGCUCAAGUUUCCAAAGAGGUUCCUAAGAGGAAGUCACUGGUGGGUACCCCAUACUGGAUGGCACCUGAAGUGAUUUCCAGGCUACCUUAUGGGACAGAGGUGGAUAUCUGGUCCCUCGGGAUAAUGGUGAUAGAGAUGAUUGAUGGUGAGCCCCCCUAUUUCAAUGAGCCUCCUCUGCAGGCCAUGAGGAGGAUCCGGGACAGUUUACCUCCAAGAGUUAAGGACCUACACAAGGUUUCUUCCAUGCUCCGAGGAUUCCUAGAUCUAAUGUUGGUGAGGGAGCCCUCUCAAAGAGCCACAGCUCAAGAACUUCUUGGACAUCCCUUCUUAAAAUUGGCAGGUCCACCAUCUUGCAUCGUUCCCCUCAUGAGACAAUACAGACAUCACUGA